AUGCUGGUCAUGGCAAAUCUGAACAUGCCAACCCCGCCAGCGCUGUAUCAGGGCCUGCCAUCGGCCGCCUCAGCUGAUCAGGUCUUCCCUCCGGAUCCCCCGCGCAUCAAGGCAACGUCAGACGACCACUCGCCACCUCCCAUCACGAAAAGCAAUUCGGCGGACGAAGGUCCCACCGAAGAGGAAAUCAAAGUCAACCAACAGCUAACCGAAGCCACGUUGGAAGCUCUCAACGGGCCGAAACGUCUACAUGUGUCAAACAUACCAUUCCGUUUCCGAGAACCCGACCUCCGCCAUCUCUUCGGCGAUUAUGGGUGUAUCCUUGACGUCGAGAUCAUAUUCAAUGAGCGAGGAUCGAAGGGAUUCGGCUUCGUCACUUUCGCAGUCGGAUCGGAUGCUGACAACGCUCGCGACAACCUCAACGGAGUCGUCGUCGAGGGCCGCACGAUCGAGGUGAACAACGCAACUGCACGAGUGCACACGAAACGAGCCGCCUCACUCGCUGCCUCCACGGCGGCCGCAGUAGCUGCGGCAGCUGCAGCCGCAGCGCAAGGCGGAACGAACCUCGCGGCGACGGGAAACGCCGCCGUGUUGACGGGACGGAGGUUGUCACCGGUGGUGUCCAUCGCGGGACAAGGAACUCCGUCUUCCUUAGCGUUGGCUUCAGCGGCCAACCGCCUCGCGGCUUCGCCACUGGCUGCGUUGUCUGCCGUGUACCAAGACCCGUUGCUCGCGACGUACGCGGCCAACGCUGCCCUCGUCGCACAAGGCGCUCUGCCGGCAUCGUAUGCAGCCUCGGCCGCCUACGGGGUUUCAGCCGCGCGCCAAUACGCGGCGGCGCAAUUGGCGUGCGCCGCUCAGCCUGCCGCGCAGUUGGGAGCUUAUACGCAGGGCCCAAUGGCGGGAAAUCCCGCCGCAAUGUAUUAUGCGGCUGUGGCUCAGGCCACGGCUCAAGCUCCGGCGGUCUACGGAGGUCUUGACCCAUAUCUCACCACAGCAAGUGCCAAUGGAUUGUCCGCAUUGUCGCCGGGCUAUUCGCAACUCGUUGCGGGAAACGCCGCCGCAAAUGGAGCCUCCGCGGGCGUCGCAGCUUCUUCGUCGGCGUCAUGUGCGGCCGGACCUUCAGAAAGUCUUUCUCAGCAGGCGGAAAUUAUCCGACGUAUUCAACAAUCGCGCACGCUGCAGCAGAGCGCACUCUACAAAAAUUCUGUGCGCUUCAUGCCCUACUGA